AUGCCUCUUGAGUAUGCCAAAGAGGAGGCCAGUUGCGAACGCUAUCAGCGCCUUUUUUCAAGGCGUCGAUGGAGAGAGUCUGUGCGGAGUUUGGAGGAUGCGUGUCGAAAGGAGGGGACGACACCUUUAUCAAAGAGGUGGUCCAUCGAAUGA